CAUAAAAACAUGUUAAAUUUUAAUCUUAUGACGGAAAAAGACCGGCGUGAAGCUGCCGCUAUAGAAAAGCGCAGACUGUUCGAGGAGGAAAGGAAGAAGAGAAUAUUCAAUCCCCGCAACAGACUUAUCGGAGUUGACACUGAAGUUUUACAAAAACAGAUCGUAGAAAAACAACAAAGGGAGUCGGAAGAAAAGAAACUCGUUGAAUUAUUUCAGGAACACUUGAAGAAAUCAGAUGAAAUUGCAGUGGCUUUAGAUCGCAAAGAAAAAGAAGAACGUGCUAAAAUACAAAUCGAAGUAGACAACUACCGGAAGAAUUACCAGCGACCGGAAGACAGGCGAGAAUUCGACUUAAAUGACCCGAAUUAUAUUAAAAAGCAACUUCCUGCAAGACUCCACGAUGACGAUCCUAGGCUUGGUUUGUCAUCAGCUCAGAAAUUCGAGGGUGAGGAUAAACAGGGUGAGGAACGUGCGAAGAUACAACGCGAUGAGUUCAGGGCUUGGCUAGACCAACAAGUUAUGGAAAAAAUCACGACCGACAAAGAGCGAAAGGCCGCAGAAGAUGCUUAUAAAGCUGCGGUAGUAGCCCGCGAUCAAAGAGCUAUGGAACUAGAUAGGUUGGAGAAGGAAUGCAGAAAGAAACUCCAUCUCUCUUGUUUGAUGUUCAAUCAGGCAUUAGCCGAAGAGAAGGCAUGCGAAAAGAUGAAAAGGAAAAGUGAAAAUCUUCAAGACGAUAUGGCUGAGAUUUAUAACUGCCUCACCAGUGACUUAUUGACGGAAAACCCAGAAGUAGCCCAAAGUAACUUAGGAGCAGGAAGGACGAUAGCGUCCCUGUGCAAAGGCAUGACCGCAGAACAAAUGAAGAAACUGAAGGAAGACCAGUUGGCGCAAAUUGUCGAGCAGAAGAAGAGAAAAGAGCUGGAAGCUCGCAUGAACAGGGAAAUGGACGAUUACAUAAAUGGAAUGCAGAGGACGAUUUACCUUGUGGAUCGCGAAUUGGAAAUAAAGCAAAUUGAAAGAAAUAAGCAGAUCGCUGAAGAAAAUAAACGCUUGGCUGACGAACAAAAGAACCAUAAGAAAUAUUUAGAAAAAGUAGUGUAUUCUAACGUGCCCACAGAUGACUUUUAUGAUCAGUUUAAUAAAUCUUCCAGAUAA